CUUUUUUCCUUUUUUUUCUUUCGACAUUUUUUUUUAUAUUUUUGAACCGUGCGUUGAACUUGUUUGGUGCAGUGCGCCGUCUUCAGAUCGUUUCAUAAGUGUUACCAUGUUAUUGUACUCGCAGUGAAAGUGUUGUGACGCAAGCGUUACAUUAGAAUUGAUCUAUUAUGGCGGAUAUCGUUCGCUUUGGGAAGUACCUUACCGUUUUCGGUGUGACAAAUAUAUUCUUGCCGUUACUUAUAUCAUGCCAGCAUCAGCCAGUUCACCACCCGGUCUCCUUCGUAUCGAGAAUGGGUGAAGCUCCAACAAUGCAAAUUCUACCAAGAAACCCGUAUUGGUAUCAUAACUCAAUGCUAAGGAAAAGAUCGCCUGAUAGCAUGCAGAGACCAUAUUACGGACCAUCGCAAUACAAUCAACAGUUAACCUAUUACAAUAACAAUCAGCAAUACAAUCAAAUACCACAAACAUACCCACACUAUGACACCAGAUCGUCAGUAGACCUAAUCCAUUCAGAAACCAGAGACGGUAUUCCAAAUGACGGAAGACUACUUUCAGACUCCGCGUUUUCCAGGAUAUCAGAAACUCUAGGAGCUAUCAAUACUGUAGGUCAUUACCUAGUCGAUAUCGUGAACGAAAAUGAAAGAAAUGAAUCCAAUCCCAAUCUACAACAGCUACCUCAAGCUCUCUACACAUUAAGCAAAAACGUACUCGGUAGAAAUGUUACAGAUAAAAUAGCACCAAUAGUCAAAAAAGCACUACCAAAAGUCCUACCUGAUGCACCAAUAACCAAAAUAGCUACUGGUGACGUGAGUCAGGAAAAUGACGCGAAAUAUUGCACCACACCUGAAGGGGAAGCAGGAGUUUGCGAGGAUCUAAGCAAUUGUCCACAACUCCUAUUGAAUUUGAUAAACCUACGAGAAUCUCUUUGCUUUAAAGAUCUAUUUGUGCCUGGAGUUUGCUGCCCAAGAGAUGCAGUUAUCCCAUCAAUUACGGCUGUAGAAAAACCAGUUGUAGCGACUACUUCAAAACCAACGUAUCUGUUACCAGUAUCAAGUCAAAAGCCUGUAACGAAGCCUACGACAACUAAGAGGCCUUCUGCUGUCUUAGUACUUACGACUAAGAAACCCAAGCCUCAGACUACACGGCCGCCAACCACAACAGUAGCGGCGGUGACAACGCCGCGUCCGGUCUCCACCACCAGCUUCUACACUGAACUGCCGCCCUCUAUCGCCAACUACUCUAAUAUUGUCGACGCCAGUGAGUGUGGUCAACGAGAAGAUGAAGGCGGUCGUAUUGUAGGUGGAACGGAGGCGAAGUCCGGCGCGUGGCCGUGGAUGGCCGCGAUUUACCUGCACGGGAACAAGCGGCGCGAGUUCUGGUGCGGGGGCACACUCGUCGAUAAGCGGCACGUCCUCACUGCCGCGCAUUGUACCAGGGACUCCAAACAGCGACCGUUCCCCGCACGGCAAUUCAGCGUGCGACUGGGCGACGUGGAUCUAGGGCGGGAUGACGAACCCUCGCGACCUAUUACCCUGCGCGUCACCGCUGUCAGGGCCCAUGAGCAGUUCUCCAGGGUCGGCUUCUAUAAUGAUAUCGCUAUAUUGGUACUAUCGGAGAACGUUCAAAAAUCUAAAUACGUGAUACCAAUCUGCCUGCCACGAGGCGAGGUGGCACGGCAGCAGUUUGACGGCGCUAUGGCCACGGUCGUUGGGUGGGGCACCACGCGGUACGGUGGCGCCGAGAGCUCGCGACAGCUGGAGGCCCGCAUGCCCGUGUGGCGCAAUGAGGACUGCGACCGCGCAUACUUCCAGCCUAUCACGGAUACCUUCCUCUGUGCGGGUUAUGCUAGAGGAGGAGUGGAUGCUUGUCAGGGUGACUCCGGAGGUCCACUGAUGUUGCAAGCAAACGGUCGCUGGACGCAGAUAGGCGUCGUAUCUUUUGGUAAUAAAUGCGGAGAACCCGGUUAUCCUGGAGUCUACACCAGAGUGACGCGUUACUUGUCCUGGUUGCAGCAGAAUAUAACUUGAAGCUCGUCUUCCAUGCCUUUAGUGAGGGCGCUAGUGUGUCAUUUUAGUCUGAGAUAGAUUAAUAAUAUAUUUGUAUGGAGCUUUACUAUCUGCUUAGUAUAGCAGCCAUAAUUUAGUGUUAUUAUUUACAAUGAUUUAUACCAUUUAA